UGUUCUUCAAACUUCAAAAAAAAUAGUCUGAAUCAUAUUUUUGAUGGACAUUUUUCCGAAAAUCGCGCUUGACGAAAACUAUACGAAAUUAAAUUAAAAAUAAAAACAAUAAUUACAAGAAAAUAUUUUAACCAAUUGAAAUAUUAUAAAAACUAUAAAGUUUUCUCUGUCCACAUCAAAUCAAAAUGAAUUUCCUACUACGCCAACAAAAAGCUGUUUUCAAAAUUGGAAUUAAAUCCCCAGUUGGAGGGGGAUUUUCUAAUAAAUACACUCGGCCACAUCACCGUUCCUUCAUUGUUAACCACCAUCAAUUGAAGAAAUACAGCUACACACAUCUAGCUGGUGCAAGAAAUCUCCCCUCAACAACAAUAAUCCCCAACACUGGAGAUGGCUGGACCGCCCACAAUUCAAAUAUAUAUGCCCAUGAUCCGUUUGCCCGACAAAAUCGCUACAUUUCAUUCAGUAGUAGUUUGUCGGAACAAUCCUCAUCAAAAGUUGAAGAAACUGUCAAGUCAAUAAAAAACAAACAAAAGGAACAAGAAGAAGUAUUAAUUAAAAAGGAAAAUGGUCAGCUAAAGACCUCAGCUCCUGAAAUUCCGAAACCAAUUCCAGUAAAAAAAUCACUCAAACAAAGAAUUUGGGAUGAAAUUGUUCACUACUAUCAUGGCUUUCGUCUAUUGUUUAUCGACAUAAACAUUUGUCGAAAACUCUUGGGUCGAGUACUUAAUGGCAAAACAUUGACACGUCGAGAAAAUAAACUUCUCGUGAGAACAACUUCGGAUUUAUUCCGAUUGAUUCCGUUCUCUAUAUUCAUUAUUGUACCAUUUAUGGAACUGCUGUUACCUGUUUUCAUUAAGUUCUUCCCUGGAAUGUUACCAUCAACUUUCCAAACCAAUCAAGACAUUGAAGACAAAUUAAAGAAGAACCUCAAAGUGAGACUUGAAAUGGCAAAAUUCUUACAAAAAACUCUUGACGAAAUGUCAGUACAACAUAGUGACCACAAUAGUGAAGAAGCUAAAGCAUUUGCUGAAUUCUUCCAAAAAAUCAAAGAUCCAACUGAAGUUGUGCAAAGUGAAGAUAUAAUCAAAUUUUCGAAACAAUUCGAAGAUGAAAUAACCCUUGACUCGCUAAGUCGAGAUCAAUUAGUGGCCCUUUGUAGGGUGCUUGAAUUGCAAACCAUGGCAACAACUAAUAUUUUACGUUUCCAAUUGCGAAUGAAACUUAGAAGUCUGGCUGCCGAUGAUAGAGCUAUUGCCCGUGAGGGUGUUGAUCAGUUAGACUUGUUUGAAUUGCAACAGGCUUGCAAGACAAGAGGUAUGCGUGCGUAUGGAUUGUCGGCCGAGAAACUACGGUCACAAUUGCAAGAAUGGAUUGAUUUGAGUAUGAAUGAAAAAGUUCCUAACACCCUUUUGUUAUUGUCAAGAGCUUUGAUGAUCUCAGAUGAAGCUUCAACAACACAUAAGCUUAAAGAAACUAUUCGUGUGCUACCUGAUGUGAUUGGAACCCAGACAAAGGCAGCCAUUGGUGAACGUGAAGGAAAGAUUGAUAACAAAACAAAGAUUGAAAUUAUCAAAGAAGAGGAGCGGAAGAUCAAGGAAGAACGCGAAGAAGAGCGUGAAGAAGAGAAACAAAAAGCAGAAGAAUUAUUGGAUAAAGCACCAACAAUUGACGCAACUGUAUCAGCAUCAGCAACCGAUGUAGCAGCAACUGCGGAUAAAAAACCAAUUGCUGUUGUUCCAGAUAAUACUUUGUCGCCGAAGGAUGUUGAACUUUUAGGUGAAGCCUUGAAGACAGUUAUUGGCAAGAAUGAGGCGUUGUUGGUCGAGAAGGAGACAAUUAAAGAUCUUAAAGAAGAAAUUGAAGAUUAUAAAGAAGAUUUGGAAGAAUUGCAUGAGAUCACAACAACUCCAGAUCAACCCAAAGCAGCGGUCAGAGAAAGUCGUGGUGCAAAGAUUCUAUUCAAAAAGGUCAAUUCUAUGAUUGGUCAAUUGGAUAAGGUUCUAAAUGAUCUUGAAGAAAAGGGCAAGAAACUUCAACAAGCUGAUGCUGCAGACGAUCAGUCGGUAAAACCAACUAAACCCGAAGCACUUGUUCGUGUUGAUGAGCUUGUGAAUGCUAUUAAAUUGAUGCAAAAAACCUCCGAUGAAGCGAAACUCAAUACAAUAGAGAAGGUAUUGAGUAAGAUUGAUGCCGAUCAAGAUGGUACAAUUAGUGCUAAUGAGGUUGUUAAGGUUAUGGAAACAAUUGGUAGGGAAAAUGUGAAAUUGAGUGAAAAACAAGUCGAAGAGCUGUUGGAUCUUCUUGACAAAGAAGAAAUUAUUGAAGCUGAAGUGAAAGUCGAAAAGGCUAUUGCGAAGAGUAUCAAAGAAGCAGAUAAUGCAAUGAGAGUUGCUGAAGAAAUUCAAGAUAUGGCACCUCUUCUUGAAGACAAAGCCAAGGAUAUGAACGCUGCCGAUGAGAAGAAUCUUCUUGUUGAUGCGUUAACAAAGAAAGAAAAAGAAGCAGAAUUAGCAGAUAAAAAAUCAACUGCUGCUGAUAAAAUAAAACCUCCAGGUAUUUCGUCGACAACACUCCCUCCAACAAUUUCACCUCCACCGACUUCUUCUCAGGUAAAUCCAAAGGAUAAAAUGCUUUGAUUUAGUUGUGAUAAAACAACCACAACUACAGUGAAUACCAAAAAUGGUACUACUAAUCGUACAUCCUAGAUAAAAUAAAAAGGUUAAAUAAAGGUGUAUUUUUCUGUUGAAUGUGAUAUUAAAAAAAAAAAAAAAAACUUAGUUUAAUAUUCUAUGAAAUAAAUAAAAUACUUAAAUAAAAAUUCGAGAAACAACAAAAUAAUUAAAAUAAAAACAAAAAAAUAUACAUACCUAUUAACCCCGUUUUAAAGGAUCAAUGGCACAAAAUAGAAAUGAAUAAGAAGAAUUAUUAUGAGGAUCUCGAGAUGAGCUAGAUUUCAUUUUAUAAAUGUAUUUUAAAAAAAAAAAACAAUUUAAUUUGACCGUAAAAAGUACUUUAUAUAUUUAUAAAUAUUCUUUAUUUUUUUUUUUUUUUAUUUAAAUAUAUUUUUUUAAUUUGCGUCCUGUUUAAAAAAUUUAUUAUAUUAUUGAAAAGCAAAAUAAAAUAAAGAAAAGUGAUUUUUGUAUGUCUUCAGAGAAGAAUAAUUUUUCAGC